CGAGCGAUAGUGGCAUAAUCACCACGAGUUAUGUGAGGAAAUUUUUCCAUGACGUGCCGCAAAGUAGGAGCAAUGACGGGCAACAAAAACACAACCAGAUACUGAUCAUGAACAGCUCGCGACUCGAACCCGAGGGACCUCAAAUAAAUUGUGUAAAACGCAGGAAGAUACACGGACGAGCGAGGACGAGCGUCAGUCACAUCAGGAAGCUCCUGAUUCAACUUGACUCCAGGCUGGUCACGGAAGUGUCCAGAAUAUUGUCCAGAACCAUGAUCAGUGUAAUAUAAACAACAGAUCCAUGUACUAAAAUGUCCAGGAACUCCCUUUACCUAAGGCCUCGUGUCCUGGGCGUUUAACGAUAUACGAAACCAAAGCAAGUUUAGCUCAGGCCCCGUACACGCACUGCCUCUGAAAUCCAGAUCAAGACGCCCAUACGCUCCCCAUCAAGUUGUGCUCAACUGAGCCUCAACACCAUCCACCUCGAGUAAAAUGACAGAAGCAGAACAGCCUGCCAUUCAAAUCUCCAUAGCUAGUCGAACAUUUGAAGGUCAUGAAAAUAGUAUCCCUGCAGCCGCAGUCUUCCCUGAUGGAUCUCGCAUGGUGACAGCCUCAUGGGACAAGACGCUUCGCCUGUGGGACCUGAGGAACGGUGUUGUAUUGAAGAUAAUGGAGGGGCAUCGCAAUGCAGUACACAGAGUUGCAGUGUCAAGAGAUGGGCAAUUCAUGGCAAGCGGUGAUGUGCGUGGAGAGCUCAUCGCCUGGAACAGAAACGGCGAAUCUCUCACCGAACCCAUCCAAAUACACUCCAGAGAGGUCUACUCGCUUGACUUUUCCCCAGACAGUACAUUACUAGCGAGCGGCUCAUGGGAUACCACAGCGAAGCUUUGGAAUACACAAACAUGGCAGGUGCAAGGCAAUCCAAUGCAUUGUAGCGCUGACAUCUUCUGCGUUCGGUAUUCACCGUCUGGUAAACAUCUUGCCAUCGCAACCGCGUUAGAUAUCCAAAUAUGGAAUUCAGGCGAGAGAGAACUCCAGUGCAUCGCAAAAUUCCAGGGUCGCUCUGCGUUGGAAUCAAAUAAUAUUUCACUCGCGUGGACGCCCGAUGGCAAACAGCUUGUCUCAGCUGGUGAUAGACGUGAUCCCGUCAUACGGAUCUGGGAUUCAUUGACCUGGAUGCAGGUCGGUGAGCUCCGGAAGAGCUAUCCUGGGACUCUCAACUUUGACCCUACCGGCACCCUUCUCGCGUCCGCAUCUGACAAUCACCAGGUUCGCCUUUGGCGGCUUUCGGAUCGAAGAACCAUCGCCACAUUCAAGCACACCAAUCAGGUGCUUUGCGUCACCUUCUCCACGGAUGGCAAGCACAUCCUGAGUGGUGGAAAAGAUAAAAUGAUGUCAAAGUGGAAAUUACCUUUGCCGGAGGACAUUCUCGAGGACCAGGCCGAGACAGUUCGCGAUGCAUGCAUAACUGGGGACUUGAUUGCUGCUGAGAGGUUGUUAACACAAGAGAUCGCUGAUACUAGUAACGACCACAACUCUUACGCGAAUCGCUCGUUUGUUAUGGCGAGAAAAGCUGACUGGGACCGCGCACUUGACGACGCACUCAAGAGCAUCAGCAUUCAGCCAUCCUUGGUGGGCUGUAUCUCUAAGGGCAUCGCCCAUUGUGGAAAACAACAGUUCCAGGAUGCGAUGAAAGCAUUUGACCUCGCGUUCAUGUAUGUAGACGCAGACUUGAAUAAAACCCGUCUUCUACUCUUGAUUAAGGCCAUCGCCCUGUUCAAUGCAAAUAAACAUGACGAGGCAAUUCUACGGGUCCAAAACCUAGCUACCACUCGUCCCAAUCCGAAUUCUCUUGCCUGUAGUAUCGUGGAGGCUUAUCUACACGUCCAAAUGGGAAUGAAUGCAUCAACAAACGCACGUCAUGACGAGGCUGUUGACCACUUUACUGCUGCUAUCGGCACGAUUAGUUUCUCGUCUAUGGCGGCAAUCCAUUUUAAAUAUGAUAUCUUUGUGAUGUUAUUCGGGUGGGAUCUCAAGUCCUUGUGGCAAACUGCACACCAAAAUGGGUGUCACGCACUCCUUCGGGCUGGUAGACUUCCAGAAGCCAUUACAGCAUACCGAUAUAUGAUGGAUAGUGCUAAUGAAGCUACGAGAGCACGCUGUCUUGAUUGGUCCAUUGGCAAGUAUUGUAGCAUGCUCUACGCCUCUGCUGGAGUGACUGAGCUCGCUUCGGGCGGAGAUGAUGCCCUUGCUGCGGGUAAUUACGACAGGGCUAUCGAGCUUUACUCUGCGGCGAUCGACCUCGAUUUUGCAACCUAUACCAUCUUUGCGAACCGCAGUAAGGCGAGAUCGGAAAAAAUGCUGUGGGACGACGCACUCCUCGAUGCGGAAAAGGCAAUCGAACUCAACCCCUCAUCUUACUUGGGAUAUCAGUCAAAGCAUUCAGCACUUCAUGGCACACACCGAUAUGAUGAAGCUAUCGAGGCCUUCAAAAUCAUGCUCUCCAAAUUGGAAAAUGCUCCCGACACGGAAACAAAAAACUUGCACCAACAGUAUGUUAGUCCAGCCAGAGCAGAAGGAGCUAUUCAAGAGACAAUCAAGGCUCAACUCGACGAUGCUCCACAUCGACUGAUCAACACCUCCGCUGGGCGCUUGUGUAAUCGCGAGGCACAAAUCAAUGCCUUCAGAAUGAGUGCAGAGUACAAAGAACUUUUGUCAUCCACGAUGAAUCAUCCGGACCCUCCAAUGAAGCGCAUCCAAGACGUGGUGGCGAUGUACUUCCGUUAUGUCAUGCUAUCGCAUAGAUGGGAAGGGACGGAGCCAUUGCUGUAUGACAUCCAGGGCAAGGUGAUAUACGAGUCGGACUCAGUUGGCGGCAUCGCGAAAUUGCAGUCAUUCUGUAAAAUUGCUCGUGAUAAAGGGUAUCACUGGGCAUGGAUUGAUACGUGUUGCAUCGACCAGACCAACAAUGUCGAGGUCCAACAAUCGGUCAAUUCCAUGUUUAUUUGGUAUCGUCACUCAGCGCUUACCAUCAUCUACCUGUCGGAUGUUCCACCUUCGUCGCCGCCUGGCGCGCUCGCAAGUAGCGCUUGGAACACGCGAGGAUGGACAGUCCAAGAAUUCCUCGCCUCAACAUUUGUCCUAUUUUAUCACAGGGACUGGUCCCUAUAUCUCGACGAUCGCUCUCCAAACCACAAAGAUUCCAUUGCAAUCAUGCAGGAGAUGGGACAUGCCACAGGUAUAGAUGCACAGGCUCUUAUCGCCUUCCGUCCGGGGAUGAGAGAUGCCAGGGGGAAACUCCAAUGGGUGUCGGCCCGUGUCACCACGUGGCAGGAAGAUAUCGCAUACUCAUUGUUUGGUAUCUUCGGCGUCAACCUGCCUGUUAUUUAUGGCGAGAAGAAGCAAAAGGCGCUCGGGAGGCUCUUGCAGGAGGUCAUAUCUCAGUCGGGUGACAUCAGCGCCCUGGACUGGGUGGGACAAUCAUCCGAAUUCAAUAGCUGUCUCCCAGCCGACAUUGCUUCAUACAAAGCUCCGCCAUACACUGCGCCAUCUCUGUCCGAAGAUGACAUUCAGACAUCAAUAUCCUCGCUCCGACGUAUCCCGGCUGUGAAUUUGGCAUUGAAACUUUACGCCCUGCUUGACAACCUGAAUGCGCCUCGUUUCGGGAACUGCAGACUGCAUCUCCCUUGCAUCGCAUUUCGUGUCACAGCAGUCAAACUGAGUCGCGCUCAGGACCAAGAGAUAAAGAUAUGUAAAGUCAAGGCCGAUGGGCUUCAUGACCUGCUGAUCACCACGAAGGACAAGGUGAAUCAGUUCUCAUCACCGCGACCCGCUAUGCAAACACUCUUGCUUGUUCGUCCGUGGAACCGUUAUCUCCUAGAGCCUCCUGACUUCGAGGAGCCGUCUGGCUCGGCAGGGCUGCUUGAUGUUGAUGACGAUACGCAGAGCGAUGAAGAUUAUUGGUCUGCGUCCGGGUCUCCAUCUCCAUUAGAUUCGCCUGGAGGGCUCCCUGAAGCGCAGGAGUUGAUCGAUUCGGAACUGAGCGAUCGAGCCUUGCGAUUAAGUGUUCACCUUGGACAGCCUUUUAGAGCAUUUUUGCUAGCGCAUCAGCGCGGCGGAGAAUACACAAGAAUUGCGUCAGAUUAUGAUAUUAUUGCACAAGUCAAAGACCUUUCUUCUAUUCUGGACAUGGUCAAGACGCUAGAGAUAUUAUAG